CAGAGCUGUUGGGCAUGGGUGCUGCGAAACCAUAAACGCUGUUCCGGCUUCCAUAGCAGUUAUUUAUUUGUUUGGCAAGGACUUGUGACGGUAGGAGCAUAGCUGCUAGCAGUAAAUACUGAAAUGAUGGAGAACAAAGAGGGUGUUCGUCACCAGGUUUGUCAGCCUAACGAAUUUGAGCUUCAGCAUAGACCAGACUUCAUCACCCAUCUACCACCGCUCAGUGCACCUCAGCCUGCCUUCAGUGAGAAACCCAAGAUAGUCCAGCCAGGAGCAUACACCCAAGCUGCACCCACCAAAGAACAGAAACAUAGCCGGCAUGUCAGUGAUUCCAUUGCCAAUAAUUACACACCAUCAGCCAGAAACCUGACGACAUCUAUCAUUUAUGAAUUUACACGAAAACAUGUUUUAGAGCAUAGACAUUCCAGUGAGAAUCGGCACAUACCAACUCAGCAAAGCACUCCUUCCUCUCAUCAUGGCUACUCGUUCCUGGAUGGAACUACUUCAGAGAGGCAGAUCCGAACCAGCGGUGAUUCACCAAGGAAAAGCAGCCCCAGAGAGUCUCCCAGACACAGGCAAACUGACCUGUGGUGUCCGAGGCCAAGUAGUGCGAAGACAACUCACUCAUCCAUCUCUCCCUCCCAUCCACUACCUCCCAUCAGUGGAACAACCCCACCUGUUAGCCCUAGACAUUCUUUUUCCAGCAUCGAACGGGGUAUACCUUUGAAUGUGAGGGAUGAAAGGUCUUCAUCAGCAGGGCCAGGACCAGACCCUUUUGUUAGUGCUCCUGUGGAUAGUGGAAGGGGAAGCUUCAACAGCAUUCAGGGUACCCCACAAUCAGGUCUAGGCCAAGUCCCACAAAUUGUUCCACCAAUCCAAGAACAGCACAACAACAAACCCACAGGGCUUGUGAAUGGCAACUUUCUUCCCAAGUCUCCAAGCUGUGUUCAACGGGACCAUGAUGAAACUACACAAGCUGUCUUACAAGUAGUCUUCCCACCCUAUACGACCUCUACCCAUGGCCUAUCAAGGCCUACUACACCAGAGCAACAAGAUCUGCCCAGGUAUUUCAGUUUGAUUGAGAAUGCUAUUAGUCCAUCCAUGAUAGCACCUCUCAGCAAGGAAUGCAUGAAGGGUAUCCAACGCUUUAUUCCCAAGCAUCUCAAAGUAGAACAUCUCAUCCACUGUCUAAAAGAUGUCAGUGCUGAGGUCCAGUCUUGUUACACCAGGAGUAUACGGCAGGCUAUCAUGGAUUAUAUUCUGAAAGACCCUGCAGAAAGAGAGCGACUUGGAAUUCCCUUACCAGAGAAACUCUCUCACUCUGCUGGCAGGCUGUGGUUUCCAUGGCAACAGGCCGUUCUUGAAGCAAAGAGUUUCAUGGCAACACAGCUCUACAUCACCCACCCUGUCAUGACCAGUAUACUCUAUCUCUGGGAAACUAAAUACUUCAGUUUCCGAUUAAUUGAUACUUCUGGUCUGAAAGAGGUCAUGCCACUCAGCAUGGAUGCAUUCCUCGGUCAUGUUAAGGCCUCUAGUCUUAGAGGAAGAGAAGUUUUACUUAAUGACUGGAUAGCAGACUGUUCCGCCAUUGUUGAAAGGAAUCGGGAUGAGAUAGAACGAUGGAUGCCCAAUGAUGAGGUUGCUCGGAUGGACCAUAUGGAUCACUUCUUCUCCUCAGUGGCUACUCUAAUGUCUGUAUGUCUCCGAGACGGUGUAAAGAAGUCUGUCUUUGAUCUGUGUGAGUGGUUGGAGCAGUACCAAGAUGGCAAUGACUAUGUUGGGGAAUACAUGCAGACAUCAUUAAGAUUACCUGUAUUACCACAGCCAUUCACAAUAUUCAUGGGACCCAACAUGGCUGAUACCCUCUGCAGCUUCACCCCAUCGUUUGAGAAGACAACAGAGCUCUUUCAUGAGGCUAUUUACGUCAUGGUCCGCAGCUCACAGGGACUGCCUAGAGUGGAGACAGUCCUCUUUGAAAAGGUGAACAAUCUGGCUGAAAAGAGCAUCAGUACAGUCAGGGAGGGGGAGGAGCUAGUAGAGAUUGCUAAGAGCCGGAUCCAGAAGGUUGUUAUGAGCAACAGUCAUGGACCUAGCAGGUACAAGUCCAUCUACAAGCCUUAUGCCUACCUUUUGAGUCAUGACUCUGAUAUCAGAGUGGAGAAAUUUGUCAGUCGGGAGCAGCAUCUUCGAGACUAUGUACGAGAGAUAGAGAAACUCAAAGCUAUGGCCAAAGAGAUAGCAUCAUUGCCGGUAUAUGUGCCAAUGCAUGUAUUCCUACUGAACUGUAAUGACAUUAAUAGUUGGCUGAUAGCUCGAGCUGAUGACCUUGCAAACAUCAUGAUUACCAAGAUUGUUAACACCAGCCGCAAGUUCAACCGUGACAUCUGCUCUCAGUAUGACAACAUUGUCAGGAAGAUUACUCAACAAUCAGAGUCCACACACCAGCUCGUCUCCCUGCAGGAAUAUGUGGAUGGAUUGUGGGUUGGGGAGCUGUUACAGCUGAAGGCCAGACUGGAAAUCGCAGCAAGUAACCUCCUCUUCCUAAUGGAUUAUGCCACCCUCUCCAAAGACGACCUUAUUCUCAAUGACACCACAUUCACCUGGAGCACCAGGAUUGUACCAAUCAUUAAAAACAGUGAGACAAAACUUCAGAAAGAACAUGACAUUGCUGUGUCUAAGUUGUUGGACAAACAGCGUAAGUUCCAGGCCAAGCUACAGGAUGUGCUAGAGAUUGUCAAAGGAUUCAAGACCAAGGAUAGGAUGUCAGAGGCUCAAGACUACCUGCUGAAGCUUAAUGAAAUUCAGAGAAUCCUGGAUGAAUUUUAUGAAGAGAAAGUGAGUAUAAAUCUUGAAGAGAAGCUUCUAGACAUCGGUCAAAUCAGCCCAUAUGCCCUACUGGAUCACAUCCGGGAGAUGAAGGAACCUUUUUAUAAGCUUUGGCAGACUGCUGUUCAGUUUCAUCAGCAAUAUGAUAACUGGAUGAAUGGACCCUUGCUGGAAGUGGAUGCUGAACUGGUUGAGGAAGAGGUGCAAUCUCUGUGGAAGACAAGUUACAAGCUUACUAAGAUCUUCACAGGUAGCACUGACAUGAUGGGGCCAAUGAGGGCAUCGGUCACUAUCAAAGCUAAGCUGGAGAAAUUCAAACUGAACAUGCCACUCAUUGGAGCACUUUGUAACCCUGGCAUCAAACAAAGACACUGGGACAUGAUGAGUAAAAAGGUUGGCUUUAACAUGACCCCUACGAAGGAAACACCUUUAUUGGAGAUGUUGCAGAUGGGCCUUGAAAAGUAUCUGGAUGAUCUAUCUGAGAUCUCCUCACAGGCAAGCAAGGAAUAUGCACUUGAAAAGGCUCUCUCAAAGAUGAAGGAGGACUGGCAGUCAGUUCAUUUUAAUUUCACUGAGUACAAAGACACAGGACUGAGCAUACUGUCAUCUCCUGAAGAUGUCCAAGUCCUGUUGGAGGAUCACAUGGUGAAGACAUCAACCAUGAGAGGAUCACCCUUCAUUGCUCCAUUUGAGAAGCAAGUCAAAGUGUGGGAAGAGACAUUGCAUCGUAUGAGUGAUAUUCUCGACUCAUGGCUAAAAGUUCAAGCAGCGUGGCUGUAUCUGGAGCCAAUCUUCGGAUCAGCAGACAUCCGACGCCAGAUACCUGUGGAAGGGUCCAUGUUCACAGAGGUUGAUGAAAACUGGAGAGACAUCAUGCAGACUGCUGUGAUUAACACCCGCGCAUUAGUUGUCACAGCCCAGCCUCGUAUGUUGGAAAACUUGCAAAAAUCUGAAGGUCUCUUAGAAACUAUACAGAAAGGGCUUAAUGACUAUCUGGAGAAGAAGAGACUGUUCUUUCCAAGAUUCUUCUUCCUGUCCAAUGACGAGCUCCUAGAGAUUUUGUCAGAGACCAAGGACCCAUUGCGUGUCCAGCCCCACCUCAAGAAGUGCUUUGAGGGCAUUGCAAAGUUGUCCUUCACUGACACCAAGGAGAUCACAGCCAUGGAGUCAGCAGAGAUGGAGGUAGUAGAGCUAUGCUCUAGGAUCAUACCAGCUGAUGCCCAUGGACUGGUAGAAAAAUGGCUCAUUCAGGUUGAAGACGUUAUGAGAAGAAGCCUACAGGAGGUAACAUGCAGAGCAGUGGAUGCAUACCCACAUACACCCCGGAAGACUUGGGUGUUGAACUGGCCGGGUCAAGUUGUCAUUGCAGCUAGUACAAUCUAUUGGACAUCAGAAGUCACCAAGGCAAUAGAAGAGAAUGGGCUGGAGUCAUACCUUGACAAGUGCAAUAAGCAGAUAGAGGAGAUAGUAGAGUUGGUACGAGGCAAACUGACAAAGAUGGCUCGCAUCACGCUGGGAGCGCUUAUUGUCAUAGAUGUUCACGCUCGUGAUGUAGUUGCCAACCUUUGUCAGCAGUAUAUCAAAGAUCCACACAGUUUCUCGUGGAUCAGUCAAUUGAGAUACUACCAUGAGGAGAGCAGUGUCAUGGUUAGAAUGAUCACAACCACAGUACCCUAUGGCUAUGAGUACCUGGGGAAUACAAGUAGGCUGGUCAUUACACCACUUACUGAUAGAUGCUACAGAACUCUAAUGGGAGCCUUGCUGCUCAAUCUUGGAGGAGCACCUGAAGGACCAGCUGGCACCGGUAAGACAGAGACAUGCAAAGAUCUGGCUAAGGCUGUGGCUAAGCAGUGUGUGGUCUUCAACUGCUCUGAUGGGCUUGACUAUAAGGCCAUGGGGAAAUUUUUUAAGGGUUUGGCCUCAUCUGGGGCCUGGGCAUGCUUUGAUGAGUUCAACAGGAUUGAGCUGGAGGUCUUGUCAGUCGUAGCUCAGCAGAUACAAAGCAUCCAGAGAGCUGUUGCUGAACAGGUUACAGCGUUCAUCUUUGAAGGGACGGAUAUAUCUCUAGAUCCAUCAUGCACUAUGUUCAUCACCAUGAACCCUGGCUAUGCAGGGAGAGCAGAGCUUCCAGACAACCUGAAGGUCUUGUUCCGGACUGUUGCCAUGAUGGUACCAGAUUAUGCCCUAAUUGCAGAGAUCAGCCUUUACUCCAUGGGAUUUGUGGCUGCUAGAUCCCUGUCCACCAAAAUUGUGGCUACUUACAAACUCUGCUCUGAACAGUUAUCAUCUCAGCAUCACUAUGACUAUGGUAUGAGAGCAGUGAAAUCUGUAUUAACAGCAGCCGGUAACCUUAAACUAAAACACCCAGAUACUGCUGAAGAUAUACUGGUUCUUCGAUCUAUCAAAGAUGUAAAUCUACCAAAGUUUUUGUCCCACGAUAUUCCACUGUUUGAAGGCAUUAUCUCAGAUCUUUUCCCUGGUCUUGAGAUGCCCAAACCAGACUAUGGUGCCUUAGAGAUGACACUGAGGGAUACUAUAGUUAAGAAGAAGCUACAGCCUGUGCCUUGGUUCAUCGAAAAGAUCAUUCAGAUCUAUGAGAUGAUCCUUGUCCGUCAUGGUUUGAUGAUUGUUGGGGAUGCCAUUGGAGGCAAGACAAGUGCCUGCAAGGUGCUUGCGGACUCCCUGGGCGAGCUACACACAAACAAGCUCAUGGAGGAAUUUAAGGUCAGCUAUCAAAUUCUAAACCCCAAGGCUAUAACCAUGGGUCAACUGUAUGGCCGCUUUGAUCCCGUCUCCCACGAGUGGUCAGAUGGUGUCCUGGCUAACAUCUUCAGAGAGCAGGCUGCUAGUACAAGUGAUGACCGCAAAUGGUGUGUGUUUGAUGGUCCAGUUGAUGCUGUGUGGAUCGAGAACAUGAACACUGUGCUGGAUGACAACAAAAAGCUGUGUCUGAUGAGUGGUGAAAUCAUCCAGAUGAGCAAUAAGCAGAAUAUGAUCUUUGAGCCAAAAGACCUAGAACAAGCCUCACCAGCUACUGUCAGCAGGUGUGGCAUGAUCUACAUGGAGCCUGUACAGCUGGGCUGGGAACCUCUUGUUAAGUCAUGGAUGCAACAUCAGUUACCAGACUUCAUGACCAAACCACAAAGAGAAAUGGUCAGGAUGAUGUUUGACUGGUUGUUGCAGCCGUGCCUUAGUCAUGUGAUCAAGCAGUGUCGUCAGCUAGUGCCUGUGUCUGACAUGCACAUGACAAUGUCAAUGCUGAAGCUGUUUUCCUGCCUCCUGGAUGAAGUCAAGGCCAUACGAGAUAGUGAUGAAUCUGACAGUGAGGAAGAUGAGGAAGAAGAUAUAGAGGGCAAAAACCAAUCCAUGUCAGAGCAGAAGAUUCAAGAGGAAAGGACCAACAUGCUAGUUUGUCAUUUCCUCUUUUCUCUGGUGUGGUCUGUGGGGGCCACUGUAGACCACUCAUCUAGGGAAAAUUUCAGUGAAUUCUUCAAGCAGCUGUGUGACAUGGACAGCACAGGUAAACACCCUAGACCCAAGGACCUCAAGUUUGCCCGGAACCUCCUCAUUCCCAAACGUGGCACAGUAUAUGAGUAUGUCUAUAUCAGGAAGGUGUAUGGUUCUUGGCAUCGCUGGGAGACGUUAGUGAUGGCUUCUGACAUCAGUGCUAAGGCAAAGCUAUGCAAGAAUGAUAGUGACCGUAAGGUUAUGAUCAAUGAAUUGAUUAUAAAGACAGCAGAAACUGAACGUCAGCUGUAUUUCCUGCGAAAAUUUGUGAGCCGUGAGCACCCCUUAUUGUUUGUGGGACCAACUGGCACUGGCAAGUCUGCUAUCACCAAUGCAUUUCUAUUGGAGCUAGCUAAGGGUCACUACAUUCCCAACAACAUCAACUUCUCCGCUCAGACAUCAGCCAAUCAAACACAAGAUAUCAUAAUGGCCAAACUGGACAGGAGACGAAAGGGAGUGUAUGGCCCUGCCAUUGGUAAGAAACUGAUUGUGUUUGUGGAUGAUCUGAAUAUGCCAGCCAAGGAGAAGUAUGGUGCCCAGCCUCCUAUAGAGCUACUCAGACAGUGGAUUGAUCAUGGUUAUUGGUUUGACAGGAAAGACACAUCUGUGUUGCAUCUGGUAGAUCUGUUGAUGGUGUCAGCCAUGGGACCACCUGGUGGGGGGCGCAACACUGUCACCCCACGAUUCCUACGUCAUUUCAACAUCAUCACCGUAGACUCCUUUGAUGAGAAGACCAUGAAUAACAUCUUUAGCCCCAUUAUGGACUGGCAUUUUGACCGAGGAUUUGAGACGAGCCUGAAACGAUUCUCAAGGAUCAUGGUGUGUGCAACCACUGAUGUUUACACCCAGUCCAUCUCCAAUUUUUUGCCCACCCCUUCCAAGUCCCACUAUGUUUUCAACUUGCGAGAUUUUGCGCGAGUGGUUCAGGGGAUACUCCUUAUUCAACCCAAGUCAUUGUCAGACAGCAAGGAGGCAGGGACAAAAUUGAUACGUCUAUGGGUCCAUGAGGUCUACCGAGUCUUCUAUGAUAGACUAGUGGAUGAUGAAGACAGGCAAAUUUUCUUUAAGAUUGUAAAGAAUGUUGUGCAAAGCCAGUUCAAAGAAAAGAUGAAUUCAGUCUUCAGCCAUCUUCUGGGUGGAAAGCAUAUUACAGAUGCAAACAUCAGAAGUGAAUCUAAAGAAGUGUGCUCGGAGGAUAUGAGAAGCCUGUUCUUUGGAGAUUAUCUGUCAGCAAGUGAGGAUGAGAAGCUGUAUGAUGAGAUUACUGAUGUAGAGGCACUUAGAGAGUCCAUUGAGAAGUACCUUGAAGAAUAUAAUUUGAUGAGCAAAGCUCCCAUGGAUCUGGUCAUGUUUCAGUUCGCUAUUGAGCAUAUAUCUAGAAUCAGUAGGGUCCUGAAACAGCCCAAUGGCCAUGCUCUACUAGUAGGUAUUGGAGGCAGUGGCCGCCAGAGUGCAGCAAGGCUAGCUGCCUUCAUUGCUGUCUAUGAUCUGUUUUCCAUUGAGAUCACCAAAAAUUACACAAUAGCUGACUGGAAGGAUGACCUCAGGCGAUUACUGCGAAAGACUGGGGAUGAAGGAGCAUCUAUGGUCUUCCUGUUUGGAGAUCACCAGAUCAAGGAUGAGUCUUUCCUUGAGGAUAUCAACAUGAUCCUGAAUACUGGAGACAUUCCUAACCUCUUUGAGAAUGAAGACAGGCUGGAGAUAAUUGAGAAGAUGCAGCAACUUACCAUUGCUGAGAAUGAAAAGAUUGAGAUCACGCCACUCAACAUGUACAAUAAGUUUGUGGAGAGGAUCAGGCGCAACCUUCAUGUGGUACUGGCCUUCAGCCCCAUUGGAGAUGCUUUCAGAAAUCGCAUCCGCAUGUUCCCAUCUCUUAUUAACUGUUGUACCAUCGACUGGUUUAAGGCCUGGCCAGAAGAUGCCUUAGAGAUGGUUGCUCAUAAAUUCCUGGACGAUAUUGAGAUGUCUGACAAGGUGCAAGCUGAGACAGUGGUUAUGUGUAAACAUUUUCAUGAGAGUGUUAGAGCCAUGUCAGACAUGUUUUUCUCCGUUUUGAGAAGACGGAAUUAUGUUACACCCACAUCAUACUUGGAAUUGAUCAAGACUUUCAAGAAUCUGCUCAAUAGAAAACGAAUGGAAAUCAUGACACUCAGAAACCGAUACAUGGUGGGACUUGAGAAGCUAGACUUUGCCUCUUCGCAGAUCUCUGUGAUGCAGGAAGAGCUGACAGCACUUCAGCCCCAGCUGAUCCAGAAUCGUAAAGAGACCCAGGAGUUGAUAGAGAUCAUCAAGAAAGAAACAGAGGAGGUAGAUGAGAAGAGGAAGGUAGUGGCAGCUGAUGAGGCUAUUGCUAAUGCUGCAGCAGAAGAAGCUAAAUCAAUCAAGGCAGACUGUGAGAAGAAUCUGGAGAUAGCUAUCCCAGCUUUGAAUGCAGCAAUCAAGGCACUAGAUACCCUGAAACAACCAGACAUCACCAUUGUUAAGGCCAUGCAGAAUCCUCCACAGGGAAUCAAACUCGUCAUGGAGGCUAUAUGCAUCAUGAAGAAUGUCAAGCCAGAGAAGAAAACAAACGAUCAGGGUAAAAUCUAUGAGGAAUACUGGCCAGCAGCUAAAAAGAUGUUGGGAGACAUGAAGUUCCUGGAAUCUCUCAAAGAUUAUGACAAGGACAACAUCCCAUCUCCGAUAAUGAAGAAGAUCCGAGACAACUAUAUCCCCAACCCAGAUUUUGACCCAGCCACCAUUCGCAAAGUUUCUUCUGCCUGUGAAGGCCUAUGUAGUUGGGUUAGGGCCAUUGAGGUGUAUGACAGGGUGGCCAAGAUUGUAGCUCCAAAAAGAGCACGGCUGAAUGAUGCUGAAUCCCAGCUAGGUGACCAGAUGAGAAUGUUAAAUGAGAAACGAGCUGUGCUAAAAGAAAUUACUGACAAGCUGCAAGGUUUAAAUGACAAACUUGACAAGAGAAACACCGAAAAGAAGCAACUUGAAGACAACAUAGAGCUGACAAGACUGAAACUGAUCCGAGCUGAGAAACUGAUCUCAGGCCUUGGAGGAGAGAGAGAUAGAUGGAUGCAGCAAGCCGAGGAGUUGGGUGAAACCUUCACUAAUAUCGUUGGAGAUGUUCUUAUAUCGGCUGGUGUUGUUGCCUACCUUGGAAUCUUUACUCUGUCAUUCAGACAGGAAUGCUUGAAAGAUUGGUACGCACUGUGUAAAGAAAAAGAAAUCCCUGUGUCUGAUGUGUUCUCACUGUCAGCAACCCUUGGAGAUCCUGUCAAGAUUAGGGACUGGCAGUUGGCUGGACUUCCUGUUGACAAUUUUUCCACAGACAAUGCCCUAAUCGUGACCAAUGCCAACCGUUGGCCCCUGAUGAUUGAUCCCCAGGGUCAGGCCAACAAGUGGGUCAAGAACAUGGAGAAACCAAACAAGUUACAAGUUAUAAAACUCUCGGACCCCAACUAUACCCGUACCCUGGAAAACUGUAUACAGUUUGGCCAGCCAUGUCUUCUGGAGAAUGUAGGAGAGGAGUUGGAUCCCAUUCUUGAACCACUGCUUCUCAAGCAAACAUUCAAGCAGAAUGGUCUUGACUACCUGCGUCUUGGAGAUAAUGUAAUUGAAUUCAGCAAAGACUUCAAGUUCUACAUCACCACUAGGCUUCGCAACCCUCACUACCUGCCCAAAGUGUCUGUUAAGGUGACUCUGCUCAACUUCAUGAUCACCCCUUUGGGAUUGGAGGACCAGCUUUUGGGCCUGGUAGCAGCACGGGAGAAGCCUGAGCUAGAAGAAAAGAAGAACCAGCUUAUCAUUGAAGGGGCUCACAACCGCAAGCAGCUUAAGGAAAUUGAAGAUAAGAUCCUGGAGGUGUUGUCUUCCUCUGAAGGGAACAUCCUGGAGGAUGAGACAGCUAUUGAGAUCUUGUCCUCCAGCAAGGUGCUAUCCAAGGAGAUUUCAGAGAAGCAGGAGGUUGCUAGUCGGACUGAGAAGGAUAUCGAUGAGACAAGGGAUGGAUACAAACCCGUGGCCAAGCAUUCCUCCAUUCUGUUCUUCACCAUUUCUGAUCUAGCCAACAUCGAACCCAUGUACCAAUACUCACUGACUUGGUUCAUCAACCUUUACCUACAGUCCAUCAAUUCCAGUCCGGCAUCCAGCGAUCUACAUGAGCGAAUCAGUAGUCUGAAUGAUCACUUUACCUACAGCAUCUAUCAAAAUGUCUGUCGAUCACUGUUUGAAAAAGACAAGCUCCUCUUUUCCUUCUUGCUGUGUAUUGGACUUGCCAAGGGCAGGGGCGAAAUUGAUGACAGGGAAUGGAGAUUCCUACUGACAGGGGGUGUGGCCUUGGAAAAUCCUUUCCCAAACCCAGCCCCUGAUUGGCUGCCUGAUAAAUCCUGGGCAGAGAUUGUCCGUGUGUCCAGUCUCCCAGCGUUUGAUGAUUUCAUGUUGAACUUCAGAAAUAAUUUGGAUGACUGGAAGAAACUGUAUGAUUCACACACUCCCCAUACUGACAAGAUUCCUGAACCUUGGGAACUGACACUAAACAGCAUCCAGAAACUGAUUGUGUUGAGAAUCAUUCGACCAGAUAAGGUUGUGCCAGCAGUCAGCAACUUCAUCGUAAAUUGGAUGGGUAAAGCCUACAUUGACCCUCCAACCUUUGAUUUGACUAGGUCAUAUCAGGAUUCCAGCCAUUCCACACCACUUAUCUUUGUCCUAUCCCCUGGUGCUGAUCCUAUGGCUGGCCUGAUGAAAUUUGCUGUUGAAAAGGGUUUUCUCAAGCAAACUAGGCAGGGUUCUCUUGGCUCCAUAAAUCCUGGGUUCAGUCGCAAAGGUAGCAGAAAUAGUUUACUGAGAAUUGACCCACCAGUGUCAUCCUCACCGGAUUUGAUGAGAACCAGUACUCCAGAGGUUGAUGAGAUGACCCAUACUGCUCAAGCAGUUAAUGAUGGUGAAGCUGACUUGAUUAUUGAAAGAAAUUUGCUACAGAUGAAAGACAGCAUCAAAGAUAGGAGUGUGGAUAGUGAAGCUGUCAAAUCCAUGGCAGAGUCAGAGAACGAUGAAGUAACAAAACAAGCAGGUAUGGAUUAUUUGGAUACUAUUGUAAAACCAAUUGCUGGUGGAGACAACAGACCUCGAAGUAGCGUCCAUUUUGAAGAACCAACUCAAGGUACUGUUGAUUCCCCUGAUCCUUCCCAUGAGCCCAUGCAAUCCCGGCAGUUCUUGCAUCCCAUUCUCAAAGAUGUAUCAUCCCAGUCUUUAAGCCUGGACAAGGCUGGUCAGUCUGAUGUACACAGCAUCCAAUCGCAGAAAGCAGAAGCCAAUUCGAAGGAAGAUGCGAAGGAGAUGAAACCAUCAAUAUACCGGCCACGCCUGGCAAGGACCAUCAGUCGAAUCAGUCGAAUGGGUGGCUCAGGACUUCAGACAAUCUCACUUGGACAAGGUCAAGGACCAAUCGCUGCCAAGAUGAUUGAUGAGGCUGUGAAAAAUGGAACCUGGGUGGUUCUUCAGAACUGCCAUCUAGCAACCUCCUGGCUGCCUACUCUAGAAAAGAUCUGUGAGGAAGUCAUAACAGAUGUGGACCAAACCAAGCCAUCAUUCCGUCUGUGGCUCACCAGUUACCCAUCACCCUCCUUCCCAGUAUCUAUGCUACAGAAUGGGAUUAAGAUGACUAAUGAACCACCCAAGGGGUUAAGGGCCAACCUGCUCAGAUCUUACCUCAAUGAUCCCAUUUCAGAUCCAGCCUUUUUUGAUGGGUGCAACAAACCAGAGCUGUGGAGAAAACUCUUGUUCAGCCUGUGUUUCUUCCAUGCAUUGGUUCAGGAGAGGAGGCAGUUUGGUGCACUGGGAUGGAACAUUCCUUAUGAAUUCAAUGAGUCAGACCUUCGGAUAAGUGUCCGCCAGCAACAGAUGUUCCUGAAUGACUAUGAUGAUGUACCCAUGGAAGCUAUCUCUUACCUAACAGGACAAUGUAACUAUGGUGGGCGUGUCACCGAUGAACGAGACCGCCGGCUAAUCAUGAGCCUUCUGAGCAACUUCUAUAAUCAAGACAUCCUAAAGACAGAGAAUUACAGCUUCUCAGAGAGUGGCAACUACAAGUGUCCAGUGUCUGGGCCAUACCAGAGCUACAUUAAGUACAUCAGGAGUUUACCUUUGACCCCUCAUCCCGAGGUAUUUGGUCUGCAUGAGAAUGCAGAUAUCACUAAAGACCAGACCGAGACACAACAGCUAUUUGAAGGCAUUCUACUGACACUGCCGAGACAGACUGCUGAGACACCACGCGAUGGCUCAAGUCGUGUUGAACGUGUACUAAGAAGUCAACGCAAGGAUCAGGCAUCUGGAGUAGGUAGAACUGCUCAACAGAUCAUUGAAGACUUGGCAACUGAUAUCCUCUCCAAAAUCCCUCCCAACUUUAAUGUGGAAGAAGUCAAGACCAAGUUUCCUGUCCGCUAUGAGGAAUCAAUGAACACUGUGCUGGUUCAGGAGCUGAUACGGUUUGAUCGGCUGAUCACCGUCAUCCGUAGCAGUUUGCUGGACAUCAGGAGGGCAUUGAAGGGACUGGUGGUCAUGUCAGCUGACCUGGAAGAUGUCUUCAGUAGCAUGAUGGUGGGCAAGGUUCCAGCCAUAUGGGCAGCUAAGUCUUAUCCAUCAUUGAAACCUCUAGGAAGCUACAUCACAGAUCUGAUGGCUAGAUUGCAGUUUUUCAAGGACUGGAUCCAGUCAGGUAUGCCAUCUGUCUUCUGGAUGUCAGGAUUCUACUUCACCCAGUCUUUCUUGACAGGAAGCAUGCAGAACUAUGCCAGGAAAUAUAAGAUCCCUAUCGACCAGUUGGGCUUCCAGUUUGAAGUAAUGGAUCUGGAAACAUCCAUGCCCAGCAGACCAGUGGAUGGAGUUUAUAUUAAAGGUUUAUUCAUUGAGGGAGCCAGAUGGGAUCGGUCCAGGAAACUUCUUGCCGAGUCCUUACCCAAAAUCCUGUAUGAUAUGCUGCCUGUUAUCUGGAUCAAACCUGGUGAGAGAUCAUCGUUUGAACAGAAGAGCACCUACUCAUGCCCAGUUUAUAAGACCAGUGCUAGACGUGGUACUCUGUCCACCACCGGUCAUUCCACCAACUUUGUGUUGUUUGUUGAGUUAGCAUCUGACUGUCCAACUAAUCAUUGGGUCAAUCGAGGUGUAGCCAUGCUGUGUCAGCUGGACGACUGAUUCAGGAAAAUUGAGGUACCAGCAACAGAAUCCUCACUGGACAACUUGGGUAGUAAGAUAAAUACCAUAUGCAUGGUUGGAUAAUGAUAAGCAUGGUCACAAAUUGAUGGAGCUAUUUUCAGAUGUUGAAACUUUAUGCUCAUCGUACAGUUUGUAUUGCAGAGCAAUCUUUCCAAGAAAUGUUGAUGUUUACAAAAUAUGUAAGAACAAGUGACAGCUUUCAAAGUUAUUUAUGGAAUAAGCUGUGAUAUCAAUUUGCUUAUAUUAGAAUAGGAGUUGAUAACAUCAUGAAACUUCUGUAGCUUUUUCUGUACAAAUGUGAAUGGUUUGAAACUGGUUUAACUUUUAUCAGCAGACACAACGCAAAUAAUAUUUAUAUAAGUUAGUUUACUGUGCCAUUGCUGUAUACUUUAAUAGCUGUCCAACUGUUGUCGUGUCCUAACAUGUCAGUAUGUUUGUUACAAGAUAGCUUGAACGUAGACAUCUUUUUAUUUUGAAAAAGUAUUAGUAAAUAAUUGGGUUCAGCCUUGGGUUCUAGCCUUGCUAUGGCAUUUGUCUCAAAAUGGAGGAGAAAUUGGAACCACUGUUAAAAAGUAACAUGUAUGUACAACCUAUGUCAAAGAGGAAAACCAGUCACAAGCAAUAUUGAUCCUCCAUAAUCGGUCUACAUGAAAAUUACCAGCAAUUGUUAGGGUAUUAUUUUCACUAGUAUGUCACUUGAUCUUGUUGAUCAGAGAAGGAUGGAAUAAUUUGAAUUUACUUCUUGUUUUGUUUGGUUUAGUUUGAUUUGGUUUGUGUGUUCUUGGUUGGGGCAGAUUUGUUCUUUUCUUGUGUGUUUUUUUCUUGGGGAAAAAUCCUCUUUUACUUUGUGUUUACAUUUUAGAAAUGUUAAUGUUAAUUUAGCAUUGCACUUUAUUAUGAAAAACAUUAGCUUAUGACCUUAUCAUUGGUUUGGCAAAUAAUAUUGUGACAGUAAAAUAAAAGUAAAUGUUUGGUUGUGAGACAGUUUUAAAUGUUUUUAGAUGUGAACUCCCUAAAAACCCACAGGGUAUGCAAGUCUAACUAGUUAUGAAAUGGAAUCAAAACAUGUGCAGUGAGAUAAUCGUUUGUAUUUUUAAAUGUUGGGUAGAAGCAUUUUGAAUGCAAUUAAAAGCUGCUAACAGUUUCUCAAACUUCUUAACUGUGAUUCCAGUGUCCCACAUUAUAGAAUACUAUUUUUUUAUGUGUAUAUAUUGUUCAAACUGUUUGUUACAACAUGGCUUAAAUGGCUGACAUGUGACGUGGAGAGUUAGUAAGGGAUAUAGCUUUCAUAUGCUCAAGAAAGUAUAGUUAUGUAAUUCUAUAAAUGUGGAUCCAAUUUUUUCAUGUUUCUGUCACAUCUGACAUGAUUUUUUAAGUUCAGAACACAUUCUGUAAUUUCCAAGAAUGAUGAAUUAAUGAAAAUUACCUGUCAAACAACUAGAAAUAGUAUGAAAUCAGUUUCGAUGAUAUAUUCAUGUUGAAUUACACAGUUCAGGUGUAACAGGGGACACAAAAAUUCACACUUUUGGCCUCCUGAAUUUCUGGAAUGACCCAGUUAUAUACACGUAUGCAGUGUACUUUGCACACAGUUUUGUAUUCCAAAAAACUGUUGGUUCCAUCUUAAUGGCUCAUACUUGCUAUGUACAUGUAUGUAUAUAGAGAUGUGUUAUAGGUGAAAUGGUUAUUGUAUCAUUUGAUUAUGUAUUCUUGCUUUUGAUCCCUUAGGCCACAUUUCAUUGGCUACAUGCCAAAUUGAAAUUCUAUUUGCAAAAGGUUGUUUGGUUUCAUGUUGCACUGAACUGUGAUAAGAGUGUAACCUUGUGAUAAUGUCAUCAAAAAUGUGAUUUUUUUUAUAUCACACGUAAGGGUAAAAUCGAUGGUCGUUAAACCUAGUGUGUAGAUGUUGUUCUUAGUGAGCAAAAUGUAAAUUGGGUGCUCUUUUUAUUGAUUUGGCAUGUACAUAAAAACUGGUAUUUUAUUGGCAAAAAUUUAUGUGGUAUGAUCAAUGAAACAAUCAUGGUUUAUUGGAUGUCAUCUUGAAGGUGCUUGUGUUACAUAUCUCUAUUGAAGGAUAUUACUGUCAUUGGGUUGAAACAUUGUUUUCUUGGGAAAGUGUUAAAGGUAAGCAUGAUGAUGUCUAAAUGACAUUGGUGUCCUGAUACAUUCUGGGAACAUGUUCCAAAGUCCUGUAUAACAGAACUACAACACGUGUAUUUUCUGUGUUUGUCAUUACUUAACAGCAUAUUGCUAAAACAAAAUCUAAAGCCAUAGAAAAUGCAAAUGCAGGAAAGUCCUGUGUUCUUUCCAGUUAACAGACACAGCUCUUGGCUGUUGGUUUUGUUUGUUCCCCACAAGCAUUAUUUCCAUUGUGUGAAAUUCAGAUGCUCUGAAAGACUUGCACUGCAUUGUUAUUUUCCUUACAGGUACAUUGGCACUUCAGUUUGUAGAAAAGUAAAUGAAUGAAGGUCAGUGCAAAUGUGAAUAUGUGUCUAAGGUUACAGAACCUAUUUCCUGGGAGAUGAAAUCUCAGUAAAACUUGCAUGUCAUUAUGAUUUCUGGUGAGACACCUUUCAUUCACAAUCACAUUUGUAUAGUUACUAUGUGCUGCUGUUUUAAGAGUCGUUUCUAUGACUAUGUGUACAUGCACAUGUACAUUUAUACAUGUAUGUUAACUGCCCGUCCAUUAAUGUUACUUGAUUUGUAAUGAAUCUUGUAAUGAAUGUUUUCCAACUCAAACAUGAUGCACUAAAUGAACAACAAUAUUUCUCAGGAUUGGGAAGUUAAUAUAAUUAAGUAUCGUUAUAUGCUGUAAGACAUGAGUAAUUAUCUUGUGCACAGGUGUCUUUGCAGAAACAAUAGGUGUGAAAUUAAUACUUCAUAUAUAUCUGUAUAAAUACAGUAUAUUGGAAGAUUGAAUCAAUUGAUAUUUAUUGAUCUUUAUGAAGUAAUUUAUUGUAAAUUUUAAUUCUCUUGUCCAAGUCUUGUGUAUAUUUAUGCAUGGAUCCUGACUGUUGUGUGAACACUGUCAAGUUUGUGAUGCACGUAAUGUUGAAUGACACAGCUCCUAUAAUUUGUACAGUGUAUAUUUAUGUGAAAUCUAUUUUUGAGAGAACUGAAUAAGUGCCUUGAUUUUUUAAUAGAAAUUUGUUGGUUUAAAUAAGGUAUAUUUCAUUCUUGGGGAAAGGAAAAAAUCUCUUAUAAGUCAAGGAUAUAAUUUUCAAUGAUUUUGAAGUUUACAUUCCUGCUUGAUGAGUGACUCAAAAGUUAUAUUUUUAAAAGGUGGCCUCAAGAAAAUCUCCUAAUUAUCACAAAAAAUAAACCCCUGUGCUGAUGACGCCACACGUUUGUACGUGUUUGCUUUUCCCAUGGUGCUCAGUGGACCCUGGGCCCUCCACUGGCUCCACGGGAAAGUAAUGCACAUGUAAACAAAGUGUGACAUCUAUCAAUACAUAGGUCUAUUUGGUGAUACAUCACAUUGUUUUCCUUCCCGAUUUUGGCGAUAAAAUCGGAUGGUUAAUUUCAUUGCUGUGGUUUCAUAUUAUGAGCGCACUUUUUGGAAAGCAUUGAAACUCUAAAGACUAAAAGUAACAUAUUCCCAAUGCUGUAGAUAAGUUGUGUCAUACAUACAGACAUGUAACAGACAUCAAAAUGACAUUCUUAGGUACACAAGACUGUCCAGUGUGUUUACUAGUGGAUAGUCUAACAGAAAAAGCAGCUGAUCUAUUUUGUAGCCUUUUGUGGUUCUUGGAGUAAUUGUGGAUUGCUGAAAAGCACAAAAACUCUGCUCUGAUUUGGAUUGAUUUUCGUCAUUUUAGUCAGUUUUGUGUACUGGAUACAUACAUGUUUUCUCUGCACCUGGGUACUUGUAAGAAGCAAUAAAAUCCAUCCAUUUUAUCAGUGUGUAUA